UCGGUUGGGACGCGGAUUUUUUAGAGCGGACGAAAUUUGACAAAUAGUCGGUUUCCGCGAUUUUGAUUCGAUUUGUUCUUAAUUUGUAUAAAUAAAAUAGAGUUUAACGUGCAGCAGGCAGUGCCAGUGCAACGAAUUGAGAGAUUUAAAAGAAAAGUUCGUCCACAUCCAGAGAAGCGCAAAGUCGUAGCUUUUGGGCUAAAAUGGCAUCAGGCGGAGUGACAUGUGUCAAAUACAUAACAUUCUUUUGUAAUCUGCUCUUUGCUCUCACGGGCCUCCUGAUACUGCUCGUGGGGGCUAUGGUUCAGCUGAACUAUGCGCACUAUUCGAACUUUGUGAGCGAUCAUAUCUGGACUGCACCGAUCAUACUAAUGAUUGUGGGGGCUGCCGUGGCCUUCAUUUGUUUCCUGGGCUGCUGUGGCGCACUGAAGGAGAGCAGCUGCAUGAUACUCAGCUUUGCCAUAUUGGCUCUGGUCAUAUUUUUGUUUGAAAUAGGCCUGGGCAUAGCUGGCUAUAUAAAGCAUGCCGAUUUGCCGCAAUUGAUGGAAACACAGUUCAAUUCGACAAUGAAGCACUAUAAGGAACGCGAGGAUUAUCGCGAUGCCUGGACCCUAUUGCAAACCGAACUGGACUGCUGCGGCACCCAUGGUCCCAACGACUGGGAGCCCAUCUUUGCCAACAAGACAUUGCCAGCUGCUUGCUGCACUGUAAUUAAUCUGAACGAGGCCAAGGAGUGCACCACCGUGCAUGCCAUACAGGAGGGCUGCCUGCGCAAGCUGCUCGGCAUACUCGACUCGAAGACUUUAAUACUGGCCGGCGUGGUUUUGGCUGUGGCGGGCAUACAGCUCCUUACCAUACUCUUUGCCUGCUGUUUGUAUCGUUCGUUUCGCCGCAACUACGAUCACGUUUAAUCUGCGUUCCAAUGAUCCCGUGUGCCGCCUCUGAGCUAGCGGCCUUUUAUGGUAGUUUGUAGAUUACAUACGCAUACGAAAUUUGUUGUUGCCGGGUCUGCAACAAACUCACUCACACACCCACACUCUAUAAUCACAUUCCACUCACACACAUUAUUCCAUUUUCGAAUUUGUUAUUUAUCUGAAAACCGCGCUUUUUAUUUAGAUUUACAAUUUUAAGUCGUUAGAGUAUCUUGGUCCUUGACCAUAACAUAAAGAUAUCCAUCCAACUUGUGCAAUUCAAACAGCUCAUUCGUUUAAAAUAAGUCCGUAAAGUUCACAGAAGAAUCUUAAACAAAUAUCUCUUGGCCAAAAAAAGAAUCAAAUACGAAUAUAUUAUAAAUAUAAUAUUAAACCACAAGCAGAGAAUGCUGCUCAACAACUCAGUUAUCAUCCAAUCAUAUAUCGCUUAAAUGUAACUUUUCUAAAAUCUCAUAACAUCAACCAAUCAUCAGCCCAAGCUUUUUUCAUUAUGAAAGUGUCCUUGCCACAAUUGAUAGGAUUUUUGAGGAAUUUUGAAGAUUUUAUAUGUAUAUAUACAUACAUAUCCGUACAUCCUGAAUCCUGCUGAAUCCUCGAUGGCUGCCUUUUUACAUUUUUAAAAAUUAAGUCUUCGCAGCCAACCCUUGUAACCCACCUUUUAUAUAUUUUUAAUUUGAUAUAUUGGCAUAUUUGCCCUUAAAAACUAUUAUUAUUGUACCCCGAAUUAAAGAAAGAAAAUCUCAUUUGAUACACCCGCGCAUACACAUUAUUACUACAUAUAUAAUACUGGAAGAAACCAAGAAAUUUUAAUUGAUAUUGAUAUUAUUAUCGUGUGUGGUAUUUACCAGUUGUUUUCACAAGCCUAUGGGACCCUUAAUUUAAAAUGCAAUUAAUCACAACCGAUCUGAUUAAUAAAAGUAAAUGCAUUAGCAUAUUUUUACAUACAUACAUAUAUGUAUUUGUAAGUGUAAGUUUCUAAAAACAAAUCUCAGAAAAAAUAAAACAAUUAAAUGGAAAACGAAUUGCUAAAAUCGAGCAUAUGGCGGCAUCGUGAGGCUUUAAUGAAAUGCGAUUUUAUGGACGAUCACAAAAUUGAAUUAUCCAAGUAAACUGAAUGUUAUUACCCACUUAUAUCACAAACGCAACGUAUUGCAAUAAUAAUUGUCAACAAAGUAAUAUAGAACAUAAUAUAAAAUUAAAAUUAUUUGUAUUUGAAUAUGUGUAAACAACUGUGCAGCACUGAAAACUUAAAUAAAUGAACAAUUUUAAAAGAUA